AUGGAGAAUGUACCAAGGCCGUUAGGAGGCGAGGAUAAGGUUUGGAAGCCCGAUUUUAAAGGGAAUCUCACGAUUAUUUCAGCUAAGGAUUUACUUCGUAAGAAAUAUCCAAAACUGGAGGGGGCAAAUUUGUUAUGGAGACAUUCUAUUCAUCCAUCUCUUGUUGCAAGAAAUUGGAAGUUAUUAAGAGGUGAUUGUGCGACUUUAGACAAGGUACGAAGUAGAUUUAAAUUUCAGGUGGUUAACAAAUGUUGUUUGUAUAACAGAGAAGAGGAAACGUUGGAGCAUGUUUUAUGGUCUUGUGAUUUUGCAAUAAGGGCAUGGCGUUGGAUUUCUGAAAUUUUUGGUCUCAAUCCACACCAAAACCUCACAACUGCAUAUAAACAAGCUAAAGGGAAGAGUCGUAUGUUCAAGGAUGUUUGGUUGCUGUCUAUACCUGUAAUUCGUUCGGAGUUAUGGAUGACACGGAAUAUCUAUGUUUAUGGUAAUUCAAAAGUCAGUUGGCAAUUUUUUCACAAGAAGGUUUUCAAUCAGAGUCAUGAGUAUUUGAGAAGGUUGAAGGGUGAUAUGUUUAAUAAUCAAGACGAUCUUAGGGUGCUAUCUUUCUUUAGAGUGCAACAUAGGAGAGUUAAAGUGAUGCAUCCCAAAGAAUGCUUUUGGAUUCCUCCAAAUCAUGAUGAAUUGAUGCUUUUUUGUGAUGGUGCGGGUAGGGGAAGUCCGGGAAGAGCAGGUGCCGGAGUGGUUGUUCGAGAUGCAGGUGCUAACGUUUUGGGUGCUAUGAGUGUUGGUUUUGGUAUUCAAACUAACUAUUUAGCUAAACUUUUUUGUGUUAUUGUGGGGUUGAAAUGGACUUUGAAGUUUGAGGUUAGAAAUAUUUGUAUUCAUACUGACUUUAUGGGUGCUGUUUUGGCGUACUCGAGUGAUAUUGGUGUAGUUUCGUUGUUUCUAAGACAGAGAUGGGUUGCUGUGAGAGCUAGAUAUAACACAAUUCGUUUUGUGCAUACAUAUAAAGAAGCUAAUUUUGCUGCAAACAAGAUGGCCAAGAGAGGUUGCCUGUUGAAUGAUGGUGAAGGCAUGAGUUAUGAUGGAAGACCUGAUUUUAUUUCCUCAAUUGAAUUACCAAAUGUAUCUAAUUUUAGAUUUGAUUAG